AAAGUUGAUGAGAAGGAAACCCUAAUAACCUCUCCCGGGUCCCGGCGCUGAGCGAGCAGGACUGCAGGAGCAGCGAGAAAGGCAACCGCGGCGCCCCGCCGCCCCGCCUCGCCGCUGCCUCACCCGCCGUGCGCUGCCGCGACCCGACCAAAUCGAACUGAAGCUGCGUGAAGCGGCUGUUGGGCUCUGUUGUUGGAUGGGCUUUCGGGCACUCAGAUUGGGCUGUAGUUUAGAGAGUCCCAGCGACCUGUAGCCUCCUCUCUCCGUCGACCUCGCUCUCGCCUCGCCGCCUCCGACCCGCAGCAGCGCCUCCAUUGCUCUCUCUCACGAGUCCCGGCGUUCCAGUGGGGGGCAUUCAUGGCGGGGCAGUCCGACCCGCACCUCUCCAUCUUCUCGCCCUCCGAGGGAAUGUUUGGACCUGUCCUGUCUGUGCUGCAGGUGGAGUUCGUGGCUGAGGAUGAGAUUGUCGAAAUCGUCCCCAACAUCCGCAUGGACGCCCUCAACAUGAUCUGCGGGGAUUUCGGGCCCUUCUUCCCCCAGAUUCCCACCAAGGUGCCUCUCUGGCUCGCUGUCGCGCUCAAGAAGCGUAGCAAGUGCACCAUCCGCACCCCGGACUGGAUGACUGUUGACCGCUUGACACAGGUAUUGGAAGCGGAAAGAGAGUCGCCACGAGAAUUCCAGCCAUUACCAUUCCACUAUAUUGAAAUUUCUAAGCUUCUGUUUGAUCAUGCUCGUGAUGACAUCUCAGAUGCAUACCUGGUAAGAUCUCUAAUUGAGGACAUCAGAGAUGUCAGAUUUCACAAGGUUGAGACUGGAUUAGAGACGAUAUCUGGACGCACCCAUGCCGUAAAGCUCAAAAAUCUCUCUGCAAUGGAAGUGAACAUUGUCCGCCCUUUCAUGGUGAGAACUUUGCAGGCAUUCUAUAAGCACGAUAGUGCACAGAUGAUUCAGCAAGCAGAUAAUAUAGGGAGCAGAGCAACACUGGUUACAGACCGUGGCCCGAGAAGAGAUCUAAGGCGCAGGUAGUCCACUUGUAUUCUGCCAAAAAAAAUGUAUAUCUGAGGACAGCAGCAAGUGGUUGCUUUCUUGCAAUAAUACCAGCUAAGUAUGUGCUAAUGAGUCCUGAGAUGUAUCAGAUAGUAAAGCAAUGGUGGAUCAUAGUUUGUCUACUUUUAUAGAGGGAACUGGCAUUGCUCUUCCCCGCUUUGAAAUUGUACUGCUUUAUUCCUACUGAUGUUAUAUGCAAGUGUGUGUGUGUGGCUCAUUGAUCUCUCCA